GCGGGCAGAAGCGCGGAGCCCGAGCUGCAGGCACGGAGGGCGGCGUCGCCCGGAGCUCAGCAGGGUCAUGGAGGAGGCCCCACUGCUGCCCCCACAGAGUGCCCUGCAGUGUCCGCCAGUUCCUGCCGGAGGGGAGCCGGGCUUCUGAACGUGUCUCCAUCUCCGUGAACCAGCAGUGACCCGUCCGUCGGUUUUGUCUUCUCCUAGCUCAUGCAUUCUUUGAGUCUUGGUAACAGGAAUGUUUUGUCUGGUCAGACUCAGAAGCCGUCAGCAGGAUAGAACCAGCACUGAGGACUCAUGACUCUGUCGGGAGGAGCCUGGGAAAAUGGAGCUGUUGUUGGUACACCUCUGAAUCAACUGCAGCUUCUGGUGUCCAGCUUUAAAAGCUCUCUGGAAGUGACAAGAUAUCCAUAAUCUUCUAUAAGUAUGAACGAACAAAUGUUUUUGUUAAAUACAUCAAGGUCGUACGUUUUGAAAAGAGCUAGAGUGCCAAUGGCAAGAAGAACCCCAGCACUCUGCCCAUCCUCCUGUUGAGACCCUGGUAAUUGUCUAACAAAUCCAUCAUGUGUCCCCUGAGAUGGUGUGUCUGCCGGGAAAGGAUCCAGAACCCCAAGAUGCCUAGGGGUUCGUCUUCUUCCAGAAGCAGCUAGUGGUGGUCUUCGGUGUUCUUUCCUGGCCACGCCUUAAGGUCUUUUUGCUGUGCUGGGUUCUGAUGUGUGGCCUCCACAACUCUGCAGCCGAAGGAUGACCUUGCUCUUUGGGUGGGACAACAGUGAAGGAGGGAGACCUGUGUGUAUAAGUCUGUGGAAAGAGAGAAACACUGAGCAUGUCUCUGCCAAACCAGUCCAUAGAAGGCCUUUCCCAGGAGGCCUCCAACAGAUCCCUGAAUACUACAGGGGCUUGGGACCCACAGAUCCUGCAGGCACUCAAAAUCUCCCUUGUAGUGGUCCUUUCCAUCAUCACACUGGCCACUGUCCUCUCCAAUGCCUUUGUACUUACCACCAUCUUACUCACCAAGAAGCUCCACACUCCGGCCAAUUAUCUCAUUGGCUCCUUGGCCACCACCGACCUCCUGGUUUCUAUCUUGGUUAUGCCCAUCAGCAUAGCCUAUACCACUACCCGCACCUGGAACUUUGGCCAAAUCCUGUGUGACAUUUGGGUGUCUUCUGACAUCACGUGCUGCACGGCCUCCAUCCUGCAUCUCUGUGUCAUUGCUCUGGACAGGUACUGGGCCAUCACUGAUGCCCUGGAGUACAGCAAACGCAGGACAGCCGGACAUGCAGCAGCCAUGAUUGCGGCAGUCUGGGCCAUCUCCAUCUGUAUCUCCAUCCCACCACUCUUCUGGCGGCAAGCCACAGCUCAUGAGGAGAUGUCUGACUGCCUGGUGAACACCUCUCAGAUCUCUUACACCAUCUACUCCACUUGCGGGGCCUUCUACAUCCCGUCCAUCCUGCUCAUUAUCCUGUAUGGCCGGAUAUAUGUGGCUGCCCGGAGUCGCAUCCUGAACCCACCAUCCCUCUAUGGGAAGCGCUUCACCACGGCGCAGCUCAUCACAGGCUCUGCGGGCUCUUCACUCUGCUCCCUCGACCCCAGCCUCCAUGACAGCCACUCACACACAGUGGGCUCCCCUCUCUUUUUCAACCAAGUGAAAAUCAAGCUUGCAGAUAGCAUCCUAGAACGCAAGAGGAUCUCUGCAGCUCGAGAAAGGAAAGCCACUAAGACCUUGGGCAUCAUUCUGGGGGCCUUUAUCAUCUGCUGGCUGCCUUUCUUUGUGGUAUCCCUGGUUCUCCCCAUCUGCAGGGACUCCUGUUGGAUCCACCCGGCCCUCUUUGACUUCUUCACUUGGCUAGGUUAUUUAAACUCCCUCAUCAAUCCCGUCAUCUACACUGUGUUCAACGAAGACUUUCGACAAGCAUUUCAAAAAGUUGUCCAUUUCCGGAAGGCUUCCUAGUCGGAUUUGGGGGUGACUCUUGCUCAUCUGUUUUGUCCUGUAACCUGACUAGAGUUGCCUUUUAAAGUUAUUGUUGUUUCUCUGAGACUUGGGUUGAUGUGUGCUGUCUUGGGUUUUGGAUUAAUCAAUAGACUUGUUCUGUACGGAUACUGCCAGCAUCUUCUAGACUUAUGAGUCACCUAAAGCUAGGCCAUUGUGUCAAAGGGGACAGAACUGAAGAUGUCCCUUAGCAUAAUAUUCUCAUGGUUCUCUGGAUUGGAAGAAAUAUAAGCUACAGGACUAAGGUGAGGAACUGUUUAUUCUCUAGCAGGCUCAGAGGGAAGGCCUUCUGGGAUUUUGUGUGGGGCUGUGGAGAGUGGGUGUGAUUAAUGAAUUAGAGAGAGUUUGGAAUUAGAAUGGAGGGGUUGCCAUCUCCUAUAGAUCAUUGAUUAGGAAAUAACACCAAAUUUUUUCCACUGGGUCCUGGUUGUCCAUAAGGAAAAUGGUACCAGAGACAUGGAAAGAAAUUCAGAAGGUGGCACCAGGGGAGAGGGAUACUUGUGUCUAGACCAACUACCCUGCAUCCUUUAUUCUUCCCUCUCUUUCUAUUAUAUAAUGUUCAGAAGUUCAAACCCAACACUAUGCCACUCAUGAAGACUGACAAAUGUUGAACCCACCAAGCUUUGAGUGGGUCACCCUGUUCUGCCUGUUUCCGAUUUUUUUCCUGAAUUAUUUUUUUACAACUCGUUGUCAUCAAAGUUCCUAAGAUGUUGAGUCCUAUAAAAUAAAAAGCAUGAGACAUAGUGA